GGAAGUCCUUGCCCCUCUCUCCUGGGUGCCUAAUUAGCGGGGUGGUGGGAGGGGGGGAAGGGCCAGAGGUGGAGCCUCGGGCUGCGAACUGACUGAGACGCGGGCGGGCUCUGUUUCCCGGGUGGCGUCGGCGGCGCUCCCAAAAUGUCGCAGACUGCCAUGUCCGAGACCUACGAUUUCCUGUUUAAGUUUUUGGUCAUUGGAAAUGCUGGAACUGGCAAAUCCUGUUUGCUUCAUCAGUUUAUUGAGAAGAAAUUCAAAGACGACUCAAAUCACACUAUAGGAGUGGAGUUUGGUUCAAAGAUAAUAAAUGUUGGAGGCAAAUAUGUAAAACUGCAGAUAUGGGAUACAGCUGGACAAGAACGGUUCAGAUCAGUAACACGAAGCUAUUACAGAGGUGCUGCAGGUGCCUUGCUUGUUUACGACAUCACCAGUCGAGAAACCUACAACGCACUUACCAAUUGGCUGACAGAUGCAAGGAUGUUAGCAAGUCAGAAUAUUGUAAUAAUACUAUGUGGGAACAAAAAGGAUCUUGAUGGUGAUAGGGAAGUCACUUUUCUAGAAGCAUCCAGAUUUGCUCAGGAAAAUGAGCUGAUGUUUUUGGAGACAAGUGCAUUGACAGGGGAGAAUGUUGAAGAAGCCUUUGUACAAUGUGCAAGAAAGAUACUUAAUAAAAUUGAGUCAGGUGAAUUGGAUCCUGAAAGGAUGGGCUCAGGAAUUCAAUAUGGAGAUGCUGCUUUGAGACAGCUAAGAUCUCCCCGGAGAGCACAGGCUCAGAGUGUUCAAGAAUGUGGCUGUUAAAGCAAACCACAAAAAACUUCUUGUUUUAUGAAACAAAAGCUCUCCUUUCAAGUAAUUCAUGGAAAAACUGCCGUUGCUGCAAGAAUCUGCAUUUUUAGAACUCCUUUUUGAUUCAACAAAACAGAACAUAUGGCAUUUUUGUUUUUAAAAAGUACAGUGGAAUGGCAGAGCAACACUGCAAAAAAAAGAACAUUUGGUAAUACAGUGGACAAUAUUGAGACAUAAAAUACCUGUACGUAAAUAUUUUCUGUUACAUAUUUAAGUUUCUUAUUGUUACUUAAAAACACUGGUGUAUCCACAUGUAUAUACGACAUUGUCAUUAAAUUUCCAAAGCAUGAUAUACUGACAUGAUAUUGCACUAACACUGCUUUUUUUAAUUAAAAAUUUUAACUCUGGUAGGCAUUAUCAUGUUUCAGGGUUACUUUUGUUUUUGUUUUUUUAUAAAGGCUUUUAUUUAUGAGUUGACAUUGAAAGCUACUGGCAUUGACUGCCAGUGUUUUAUUUGCCACUUUCUACAGGGGCUUACAUAAACUAUUUUUUGAAAACUGUUAGGUCAUAUGUUUACUAAUCUGCAUACUGAUUUUUUUUUUACUGAAGCGUAAUUGUUCUUGUUUCUUGAAAUGCUUAAAUGUAUUCCAGUUUGUCAAAUGUAAGCUAUAAAUACAGUUGUGAACUCAAAGCUUGCUGCUGUCUGAACUUGACCGGGGAUAUAUAUACAUACAUUUUAGACUGCAACUAAGAAUUGUAGUUUCAGGUAAAAGAUAAUGCCUACUUCUUUUUCCCAUCCAGAGAAGUGUUUGAAGUUGUCAGUCACCAUUAUCUGAUUUUUUUUAAAAAAAAAAUUAAAAUGAUUUCUACAUAUAUGUUUCUCAGUUAAAAACAAUUUUAAUGAGAAGUAGGAUAGUUCCAUCUGAAAGAGAAUUGUUUUUAAUUCCUAUUCCACUUACAAACUGUAAAUUUGUAGAAGCUUAAUCUAGAAAUGCAACUGGCCUAGACAAAGUUAUACAUUUUUAUUGUUAAGCUGCCCAAAGCUCCAUCUUCUGAUAAUAAUCUGUGCCACUGAAAGAAAACCAGUUUGCUUUCAUAAUAGAUAAAUGGGCAUCACUUGGGAAUAUAAAAUUGUGACUUUGCUGAAGAGAUUGUAAAAAUGGCCUCUUUGAAUAUUCCUAGUUCAUUUAAGAGCACCAUUUCUGGGUUUGAGGCAGCAUAUAUGAAUUCUGGGUAAUUGAAAGUUUUAUAUGGAUGAGCAAGGAAAAAAAAAAUCUAUUGUUUCCAUAUCCAUUUAAAAAGCAGCUUUUCAGCUGCCGCAUACCUGAAAGAGUGUAAAUGUUAGUAUUAAUUGCAAUUUAAAAUCUUACUGCCCUGGAGCCAAAAUAGAUGAAUCCACAUAAACAUUCUUCAUAUAUUUGAAGUGCAGCCACAGUGAGGUGAUGAGUGUAAUUAAAGUUGCAGGUCAUUUUCAGUGGUCACUGGUUAGUCAACAAGGAAAGACCUAAGCACUUUCCCCUUGUCAGCUGUAUUGUUUUAAAUUUGUUUAAUUAAAAUAUGGGCAUGCCCUAUCCUAAUAUCACCCAGGGCACUUUUAUAACCAAAAAUAACUUUGGGGGAAGGGGGGGCUUAGUGAAAGUCCUAAAAGCCCAUGCAUACAAUUUUUUUCAAUAGUUGCAAACAAAAUUAGCAGCCAGAAGUUAGGACUAAAGUUAAUAUUAAAUACUUUAUUAAUCCUUAUUGUUAGUGUUACAAAACAGUACUGGAAAAUUAAACUGAGUACCAAAAAGUGUGGGGGGGUAUUUAGACAGAUUUUGCCUGGUACCUAAAGUAAAAUAAAGAUAGCAUCAAAAUGAAGAUAGCAUAAAUUGAUUGUUGUUAGGAAUGAGUUCCAUAAUUCAUAUGCAUAAUUACCCAGCAUAGAUUACCCCAGUUGUAAAGAAGUAUCUACUUGUCCACUAAAUUUAUAAUCCGUGUGUGGUAAAACAUGGGUCAUGAUUUUUUUAAUGGACAUCUGGGUGAAAUUGGUUUUGGUUUUUCUUUGUGGUCAUGGUGAAUUGAUUAUACGGGUUAUACAAGUUAGUAUUAAGAAUAUAAAAUGCUUUGGGAAAAAAUGGGAAUCUUCACUUGUAGCAAUUUGUUCUUCAAAAAACUAAAAGUCAAUAAGAAUAAAGUAUACUGAUGUUGGCAAAUAAAUCAUAUCGCAAGAGUAUGUUGCUCUAGAACAAAAUCUGAAUUCUGGUACUUAACAAUUGAAAGAAAUGAAAACAAAAUUUACUAGCAUGUGUAUCUGUAUCAAUGUGUAUUGAGUUUAUAGCAUGAGUAUAAACAGCAUGGAUGUUUUGAAUGGCUUUCAAGAAACACUUUUGCCUCUUUGGUUGUGGAUUUGCUCAUGCUAAUGCUUUCCUAAGGUGAAAGAAAAAGAAUCCAAAGAAGCUUGGAGAUACUUUCCACCUAAGUGGAUCUCCUUGGAUCCAUCUAUUAUGUAUCAUUGGCAUUCCUUUCUCCAUCCCCACCCCUUUAGAACUAUUGUAAAGUAACCUUGUGUUUUAAAUUUCAGGGAAGAGCAAUACCAGGUCUUGGCCAUUCUGAAGCUGUUACCAGCAUUCUUUAGUCUUCCUACACAUUGCCGUCACAGUUUUUCCUCUGAACUUUCAUGUAGAGUAAUAUUUGCUUUACAACAUGUGAAAUCAGUACAAUAAAUGUUUUCUUUUGGUCUGAAUGCUGGGUAGCCUAGGAAAUGAAGAGUCGGGGAAGAUAGUUACAGAAGGACAAAAAAGCAUUGAGGGUUCCUAUCCUUACUAUGUCGAAAUGAAUGUCUUUCCUAUUGUUAGCAG